GUGUGUGUGUGGGGCGGGGGGUGGGGAGGCCGACAUGAACCCCGAAGUGGAUUGCGGACUUCCCGGAAGCAGCGGCAACGGAAAGUUGCGCCAGUGGCUGAUUGAGCAGGUGGAUUGCGGCAAAUAUGCCGGCUUGGUGUGGGAAAACGAGGAGAAAAGUAUUUUCCGGAUCCCGUGGAAGCACGCCGGCAAGCAGGACUACAACCGCGACGAGGAUGCCGCGCUCUUCAAGGCCUGGGCGCUGUUUAAAGGCAAGUAUCGCGAGGGGGUGGAUAAGCCCGACCCGCCCACCUGGAAGACACGCCUCCGCUGCGCCCUCAACAAGAGCAACGACUUUGAGGAACUGGUGGAGCGCAGCCAGCUGGACAUCUCGGACCCCUACAAAGUUUACCACAUCAUUCCCGAGGGCGCCAAGAAAAGGCCCAGAGAAGAGGGCGGUCCCCUGAGUCCCGUCGGCUACCCUGCGAAUUCGGCAUACCCUUCCCUCCAAACUCAGACGCCGCAGUACCUUCCCUCCGUGGAAUGCGGCUGGAGGGACUUUGGUCAGGAUCACCCCCCUUUGCCGGAGCUGCCCUUCACUCAGUGCCCGUGUCCCCCCCGCAGCCUGCCCUGGCAGGGCCCAUCCGUGGAUGGCGAUUACCAGCUUCGAGCCUCAAUUUACUCCUAUGGUCCCGCUGACACUCAGCCCUCGCCAUUCAGUCUGGACAGCGGCUUCAGAUCAGCAGAGGCUCUCCGAGACGCCCGCCUGCACGUGUCGGUCUAUUUGCGGGACGCUCUGGUGAGGGAGGUGACGAGCUUCAGCCCCGAGGGCUGCCACAUCACUCCGGCCUCCCCCGAGGACAAGCACUACUUGUCCUCGGGAGGCCGCGAUGUGGUCCCGCUGCCCGCAGACCCUUCCUCGGGCCAGAGGGGGCCAGAGGAGCGGUCCGCCAGCCCCUGCGCAUCCUUGGAGGGGGGGGUGCUGUGCUGGAUGGCCCCCGACGGACUCUACGCUCAGCGACUGUGCGAGGGCCGCGUGUACUGGCAGGCCAGACUCAGUCCUUAUGGGGACAAGCCCAAAAAGCUGGAGCGAGAGGUCACCUGUAAACUACUCCACACUCAGGACUACCUCGCAGAGAUGCAGACUUACGGCUUCCACGGUCGGCCGCUGGCCGCUCGCUUCCAAGUUCUUCUGAGUUUUGGAGAGGAGUGCCUUGACUCCCCGAGAGCGGGCCUCACCGUCCAGGUGGAGCCUUUGUUUGCCAGGCAGGUCCUGUACUACGCCCAGCAGGCAGGCGGCGGCGGCGGCCAUUUGUACCGCGGCUACGAGCACGCCGGGCUCCCGGAGCACAUUGGCCUCGCCGAGGACUAUCACAGGGCCCUCGCGCAACAUCACGGCCUGCAGGAGUGAACCCAAGCAGCUUGGCGCUCCCCCCCCCCCCCCCCCGACAAAGCGACCCCCCCCUUCUCAGGACGGCCUUUGUUGGUUCCUACGUGGAAAACGGAUGUCAAAGUCAUCAACAUUUUAGUGUCGUCAGUGCGAGCCAAACGGCGGAACGUCAACUUGACAACUUUUGUCCAGGCCCCUCAAACCAACCCAUUUAGUCGUAUGGAGCGCAAAUG